CACAGCCUUGUUUUUCUGACCUGUCGCUUCACCUGAGGAAGGUGAAGGUGUGCUUGUGAUUAUUUGAUGUACAAUAAAAGUUAACUUGAACUUUGAAUAAAAUUCGAUCUGCAACGUCGAAUGAUAUAGACAUUUUGUGAUAUUUUUAUCAGUUAAGGUCAAAUAGCUAAUAAAAUGCAGUUAAAAGUGUGUUUUAUAGUUUUACUUUGUUCAUUAGUUAAGUCUAGCACGGAAACGUUACAAACUGUAAGCGAUGAUGAUCUCCUGGAACUAAUACGAGAGAAGGAAAAGCUCAUUGUUAUAUUUAGUAAGCCAAACUGUGAUAAAUGUGUAGAGUUUGAAUCGCAUUUAGACAAUUUACAAGAUGACUUCAAAAAGCAUUUGAAUGCUGUAUCUGUUAAGGCGACAAACAGCCAUCUUGCGAGGUUGUAUAACCCAGCAAAGGAACCGGCUUUGGUCUUCUUCAGACAUGGAGUGCCUUUAUUAUUUAAUGGAGAGCCAGAUGAAAAUGAAAUAUAUGGUUUUUUUGAGAAAAACCAAGCGCCAGCAGUCAAAGAGCUCACAGAUAAAAUAUUUGAACACAUAACUCAGGCAGCAACAGGAGCCACAACCGGUGACUGGUUUGUCAUGUUCUAUGGAGCAUCCUGCGUCGAAUGUCAAAGACUGCACGCUGUAUGGGAGAGUGUUGGCGCCACUUUGAAGGGCCGAAUAAACGUCGCACGGAUGGACGCGAACUUGGCCGGUUUGAACACGGCAAAGCGAUUCCGGGUCACUAAGCUGCCGAGUUUCUUAUUCUUCCGUCUUGGUAAAGUCUACUGGUUUGAUUUACCUAUGAAAGAUGUAAAAUCAUUCAUCACCUUCGCACAAGAUUGGUAUAAGAAUUCUAAAGGAGAACCUGUGCCACUAUUAGCGUCGCCAUUUGAUGAGCUUGUUGAUUGGUGUGUGGAAAUGAUUAAGUGGAGUGUGGCCUUUGGACUGGAUAUCCUGGCUAAGCACCCUUGGAUCUGGCAGAUAGGGGUCGCAGGAUUUGGUCUAGUGGCUAUAACUGCCAUCAUUGCUCUCUUGAAAGCCGGCCGAACAAGACCUGCUAAAGACCCCAAGAAAGAUAAGAAAAGUAAAUAGUAAAAUAUUUGUUUUAUAUACUUUUUUACGCAUUUAUAUUAUCAUAAUUUUUAUAUACUUGCAUUUACUUAAUUUUGAUGUGAAUAAGAAAUGGUGAAAUUGGGUCUCAAUGAAGAUAAAACUUAUUUAUAUACUUACAUUAUAUUUAAUUAUUAGAUUGGUAAUGUUGCAGAUAUUUUUAUUUA